AUGUUGCGAGGAUAUUCGCUUGCAAAUGAUUUAAAGUCUUUGGUGAAUAAUCCAGUGUUUAGCGAUUUAACAAUACGAUGUGGUACCAAAAGCUAUAAAUUCAACAAUCAUAAUAAAGUUUCCACUGAUAAGGACGACGACGACGGCGACAAUAAUUCUUCCUCUGAAACUAGUAAUCUGAGCAACAAUAAUAAUGCAAAUGAUUCAGAAGUUUUGUACGCACAAAGAGCAAUUCUUGGAGCACGUUCCGAAUAUUUCUACAAUCUUCUCUACAAUGGGAUGAAAGAAUCAACCAGUAAUGAAUUGAAAUUCCCGACAAUCUCCACCGGAGCCAUGAAAAUAACCCUGGAAUACAUUUACACAAGUGAAAAUGUGCAGUCAACAUUGGAAUUACUAAAGAAAGAUGAAAUUGUUGAUGCUUUUCACGCAGCAAAUUAUUUUCUACUUGGUGAUUUGGAAGCGAGAAUUAUCACGGUGGCUGAAGAGUUGAUCAAGGAUGAUGGUUUUGAUGAAUUGAUGACGUUGUUGGAACAGGCGAUUAAUAAAUUGUCUUUAGCUGAUAAUAAUUUGUAUAAACUGUUGUGUGGUUAUAUCGGCGCGACGCCGUUGAAUAGCGCAAAUAUAGAGUAUAGUAAAUUUUCGAGUAUUAGUUUACAAAUUUUGUUGGCUCAAACACAAAAAACCUUAAGGUAUUUUGCGACUUCGGAAUAUCGUGUUUUCCGGUACGUUGUUGAAUGGGCGGCUAAUCAAAUAUCAGAAAAUGCUCUGGAGACAGUUAAAUCUUACUUUUCAACAGCUGAAUUAUCAUUCUAUGAUGCAGAUCAGCCUCAACCAUGGGGAGCAAGAAAUUCGAAUAUAGACGAUAUUCAACAACAGCUACUUGAAAUUUUGAAACCAUUUUUACCUUAUAUCAAUUUAAAUCUUUUUGAUCGGAUGGUAAUCGCCAAAGUAAUUCACCCGAUGCGAAUUAUCCCUGACGCAGUACUAUCUGAUGCAUAUCAAUAUCAUUUAUUAGCAGUAAUCCCAUUUAAUCCCACGCGUGGACUCUCACCACUAGACAAUCUACGAUGGGACCCAUCCGAAUUUCUGGUUGAUAAUCAAACAGCCGAAGCUCCAAAAGAUGCGACAGUUCGCGCCAUCACCUCAAGUAAUUUUUUUUCGGAGCAUGGUAUCUACGAGUGGAAUGUUGUGGUCGAGAAAAUCGGUAGAGGCCGAAUUGGAAUUGCGUCAACACAGUCUAGAAAUAGUACUCAAUCGUUAGGUGAUUCGAAUUCUCUUCCAAGCUGGUGUGUGAAUUCCGAGGGGCAUAAAUAUCCGGGCAAAGAAAGAUACGGAAAAAAAUUAACCAAAGGAAUGGUGGUUACAGUUCAUCUUGAUAUGAAUAAACGCACUGUUGGAUUUUCGUAUGAUGGUGAAUAUGCUGGCUGCGCUUUUUAUAAUUUACCUGAAAAGAUCUAUGCUGCAAUUUCAUUAUCUAAAGGGACAAGAUUUUCCAUUCAACGACACACGUUUUAA